UCAUACAACUAUCAUAUGAAUCAUAUAUUUCUCCGGCCCCAACUUAUCUGCUUUGCUUACUAUUCUAGUAAUUGGUUUGAUUAAAUUCUAGUCUAAAUUUUAAUAGUUUGAUCCACUUAGGGAGCCAUGGCUGAAUCUUUGCCUCCUACCAAGUCACCCAAGCCAGUUCAACAACUAGCUGCAGAAGCCUGCAAGCAAGUCCCAGAAAACUAUAUUCAAUCCAAAGAUGCUGAUAUUCAACCCUCUUGCCCUCUACUGGAUCUUGCUUCUAUUGAUCUUAGCCUUCUCUCAUCUUCAACGCCAUCGCCGGCCCGGGAAAAGGAGCUCUCUAAACUCAGAUCAACUCUCAGUUCUUGCGGCUGUUUUCAGGCAAUAAACCAUGGGAUUUCAGAUGAUUUCCUUGACAAAGUUGGCGAAAUCGGCAAAAGCUUCUUUGCUCUUCCAAUGGAGGAGAAGCAGAAAUAUGGGAGAAGUCCUGAUGAUACUGAGGGGUAUGGAAAUGAUUCAGUUCUCUCGGAACAUCAAAUUCUUGAUUGGACUGAUAGAUUGUAUCUUACUGUGAGCCCUGAAGAGCAGAUAAAGUACAAUCUCUGGCCUGCAAAUCCUGAAAAUUUUAGGUUUGUUUUCAUUCCAUUCUUACCUUUGUCAUGAGUUGGCUUUGUUACCAAAUUAGAGCAUGUGCUUUAUCUCUAUUAUAUGUGUUAUAUAUUAUAUGUGUUGGGCGGAGGCCAGUAAAAUGUCUAAGUCCAUCAAUUGGUGACUAAAGAAUUGUUGGAGGGUGGCCAGUGAAAGUCCAAGUCCAUCAAUUGGUGGCUAUGAGAUGGUUGUACAGAGGCCCGUGAAAGGUCAAAUUUAGCAUCCUCCUCUCAAAAAUGUAAUGUCAAAAAUAAAAUUAUGUCUUUGCUACGAGCUAGCAGUAAUAAGUGUUUGAUCUA